UAUAAACUUCCGGGUCAAGGCUCAUAUGACCAGCGAUUCGCUUCGUUCGACAAAACUUGUGACCACUAUUGUGUGGUCAUCUUAUGAUACUUUUUGAAAGGGUCUCUAUUAACGAGUUAAGGGAUGUUUUUCAAUGCCGAAGAUGACGAACAAGACUUCAUGUCGAGUGGAAACUCCAAAUUGGCCAACUUAUUUGGCAUGGACAAAGCCAGUGGUCAAGGUGGCAACGAGUCCUUGACCUACACAGCUCCCAAACAGCCAAAGAAGAAAGAACAAACACAAGACUCUGGGGCUCCUGCAGUGGUUGUUGCUGUUGUUGUUCAAGCAUACAAGUAUGUGGACAACAAAUAUGCAAGUCAGGGAAAACUGGGGGCAGCUCUGUUAGCCAACCACGCAGCAAAAGAUUAUCGCAUUCUCUUAUACGUCAACAAGCAGCAGCAAGUGACCAAUGCUAAGAUCACCAACGCGUUCAAGUUCAAUAUUCAAGAAAAUAACUAUGCCAGUUUCUAUGAUGAUGCCAGACAGACGUGGUCAGUCAUGUUUGAUUCGGCACAGAAUGCGGAAAAGUUUGGUAAAGAAAUUGCGAUUGCGAAAGCCAACUCGGCUGCAGGCAGUCCGGAGCUUGUGACCCAGGACCUGGCUCUGGGAGAAGGAGGACAACUGGAGGUCGGGGACUCGGUGGAGGUCAAGUACACAGGAUGGCUCCUGACCAAAGGGACCUUUGGAAAAGUUUUCGACAGCAAUGCCUCAUCAGAUCAGUCUUUUCGCCUGAAACUUGGCAAGGGAAAGGUGAUCAAGGGCUGGGACCAGGGCAUGCUUGGAAUGAAGAAGGGAGGAAAACGUAUGCUGGUCAUCCCCCCUGGCCUGGCUUACGGCUCGCAAGGUGUUGCUGAUCGAAUCCCACCGGAGUCAACGCUCAUAUUUGAGGUCUCCGUAACACGGCAACAACAACUUCAGCUACAUCCAGACCAAACUGCCGCUGCAGCAGCAACAAAACCAGCCCUCCCCCCCAAGGCAGCAGUUGUAUCAGGCCAGCCCGUCCCUUCCCAAGCGGAGGUUGGGGGCGGUCAGGCUAUGAUGUCACAACCUAUGAUGUCACAACCAAUGAUGUCACAGCCUGGGGUUGCGGGUGAUCCCACCAUGAUGAUGAUGGGAGGUAACCCCGCCAUGAUGCAACAGCCGCAGCAACAGCCUGCCUUCCUGCAGAAUUUGCCCGGGACCCAGCAGCUAGCGGUGUACCAGAACCCCAACUUGCUCCUUCAGCAACAGCAGCAACAGCAGCAACAGCAAGCUGCUCUAUUGCAGCAGCAGUUCCUUCAACAACAACAACAGCAACAACAACAGCAACAACAACAGUUUCUAGGGCAAGCAACACCAGGGACGUAUGGAGGAGACCCCCUAGCCCCUGUCCUCCUCACAGAGACGCGGCAACAGAACACGGAGGUCAGGCUCAGUCUGUCCAAGGUCAGCGACAAAGUGGACAAGAUUCUGGAGAGUAUGUGGAACAGAGCCAGAACCUUCUAGAACAAAGGAACGAGGGAUACAAACACACAGCCUCCCAGUCACAGGCCAGGGUGCUGGCGCUGGAGCAGGAGAAGGUUGAGCUGGCCACAGAACUGAGCACCUCGUCUGCCCAGAUUUCCUCCCUGCAGCUGGAAUUGGCUGACUUCCGCAUACGCGAGGGAGAACUGAAACAGAAGCUGCAGUCUACGACCAGCACUGGCUCCGAGACCAAGGAUGAACUGGACAGGCUGAGGCUGCAGACGGAGGAGGAUGAGCAGAGACUGACUAGCCUGACGGCCAGCAUACGGGAGGAGAAACAGACGAGGAAGAUGGUGGAGGCCAAACUGGCAACACAUUUAGAGGAACUGGCAGACGUCAAGGCCAGUAACGAGACGCUAGAGAGGAGUUUGACUGAUCGGAAAAGGAAGUCGGCCGAGGAGAGAAGAAAACUGGAAGAAGAUUUAGAGGAUGCCAAGCUGAGCUAUGAGCAAACAAUUGAAGGACUGCGAGAACGGUUACGGAAGCAGAAGACGUCGGUGGAUGCUGAGACAGAGAGUAAGGUGUCUCGCUUGGAGGCAGAAAUGUCCAGUGAGUGGCAGACCAAGUGUGACAGGAUGUUGGCCGCGGCAAACGACAGACACAACAAACAGCUGGCUGAGGCCCGCGAGGAGAAGGAGGAGUUAGAGGACAAAUUGAGACAGACGGAGAGAAAGCUGGCCAGUGUGAGGUCAUCAGGGACUAGCACAGAGCAGCAGGUGGCGCAGCUACAGGACCAGUUACAGGACAUGGCUGUCUGGAAGGACAAGUAUGACAAUCUUCGGAGCCAAGCCAGCACGAUGAAGGAAAGAUACGAGCAGAGAAUUCAGGAGCUGGGAGAGGAGAAGGAAGAGGAGGAGGAGAAGAGGAGUGGUGUGGAGGAGAAGGCCAGGGAGCUGAAGCAACAGUCGCAACAGCAGAUACAGGCGCUGCAACAGCAACUGCAGCAGCUGCGCAGCCAGCAGACCACGGCAACAGCUGCUGUUCAACAGAGUUCUGGGCCUGCUGCGGGAGCCUCCCAAGCUGAUAUCGCCACAGAGGUGAAGAAAAUCAUGAACUCUGUUUUCCAAAGUCUACGUGGGGAGUUUGAUGGGGAGGAGAGCUACUCAGGCUCAGAGGUGUUGGCAACGAUACUCAAUGUUAUCAAGCAAACUACGCUGAAACUUGUCAACCAAGCCUCUAGUAAUCAGGCUGAAGAGGAGGAUGAAGAGGAAGAGGAGGAUGAAGAAGAAGAGGAAGAAGAGGAUGAUGAAGAAGAGGAAGAGGAGGAGGAAAAAGAAAAAGAAAAGCUUCCAGAAAGUUCUGCGAGGAAAGAGGAGCAGCCACAGACAGCUGAAGAUGUUGACAGGGAGGACCAGAAGGAGAAAAGUCCCACAGAAAACACAGAGACGGUCACCGCAGAUAAUCUGUCCUGUGCCAAUACCAUUGGUGAAACAGGAAAUGACUCGCAGGAAAAGACUGAGGAUGUCUCUGACGCAAGUCAGCCUGCAGCGGGAGAGGAAGUAACUUCUGUUGUUUCAGAAGAGAAAAGAGUGAGAGAGGAGGAGCCGGAGGAGGGGGAUGGGGCUAAAGGUUCUGGUGAAGACGAGACUGUGGUGAGUGGAGAUGUGGGGGUGGAGGACCUGCCGCAGGUUGAAGGUCAAGGUGGACUUGAUGAGACGACAAAUACGGGUGACGGUGAACAGACUGAUGCGAACAAAAUGGAGGAGGAGAAAGGUUCGAAGCCAGAGGAUGUGAAGGAGGAGGGUGAAGGUCAUGUGGAGAAUCACGAGUCAGUCAACAAUGGAGGAAACACGGCCUCGACUGUGGGAGAGACGGAGGAGGAGAAGAAUGAGGGGGAGAAAGAGAAGGAGAUAAACGUUGAGGAGGAGGGAGAGAAGAAGGAAGACGCACAAAAUAAUGAUUCCGACAACUCGAAAAACAAAGCCAACGAUACUGGUGGAAAUGUGGGGGGAAGCAAUCCAUCACCGGUCUCCCCAGACGCAGAGAAAUCCACCCCUCCAGCCAACGACGCCGCCCAGGACCAGAAUGGGUUGAACUCGGACAAGCUAGACAAACCCAAACCCAAAUCACGGGCCGGGUCAGACACCAAACCCUCCAGUGUGUCGCGGGAACCUCCACCAUUGUUUGACGACAGUGACGACGAUGAGGAGGACAGUUCCUUGUUUGGCAAAGACUCGACCGUGUCGGACACGCUAGGCACGGGGUUCAAAUCCCGAUCAGCCAGCACGGUCAGUAGCAGCAGUGUCACUACACCGAAGGGAGGGAAAACUGUCCCUACCAAGAAGGUGGAUCUUGUGGAUGAGGACUUGAAGCCGCAGCCGCCACCACCACUGUUUGGAGAUGACAGCGACGACGAUCUGGACUGGCUUAGUUAACACCGUGACCUUCAAUGACCUCCGCCAUUUACUGACACAUUCCUAGUUCUGUCUGUGUAGUAGCAACACGGUUCUGAUUCACAUAGAAAUGACCGGUCCUUUUCUAUGUAGACACGGCCUUAUCCCCAUAUUAACAAUUUUGGGGGGGACUGUAGAAAACAAAAAAUAAAAAAUAAAAAAA